AUGGCCUCCCAAGAUAAGCACGACGACACAGGCUCUGAUACAGCUUCAGAGUUCCACACCCCAAUCUUGACGCCUGCAACAACAUCCGUAGCAGGCGAAGAUGUCGAGGACGAUCAUGUAAGCGACAUACCGUGGCCCGGCAAGCACUUCUACAUCAUCGAAAAGGAGACCGGCAAAGCCAUCACACUCGUUGAUGACAGGCCAGUUCUCAUGGACCUCCAAGGCGUCCGCGAUCCCGCCACCAUGUGGUAUUGCGUCGAGAAGCAAGGGUAUUUCGGGUUCUUAAACAAAAGCUGGGGGAAGUUCAUUGGUCAUGACAGCAAGAGCGACGUGGGUGCGUGGGCCGGGGAGAUGAGGGAGUGGGAGUCGUGGAUUCCUAGGCAGCAUCCCGAUGGGGGCUACCAGUUGCUGUCGCCGUAUUGGACGCAUACUAUGAUGCAGCUUUGUGUAUGUCCUGACAGGAUCAAUCUGUGUAGGCGGUCUCAUGGGCCAACGUUGUGGGAGUUCAUGCAGGUUCCAUGGUAG